AUGGCUGUGUGUGUCACCGUGUCUCUUCAUUGUAUUUUUUUUUACAAUUGCAGCGAGCCUCGUCCAGAAGAUGAACGUGUCCUCUGUGCCAUAGAAGCUGACUCCAACGGGGUCGUUUCUAUCCGUCCUGAUUUGAGUAAGGGCAGAAAACCCUACACAAUUGGAUCUUCUGGACUGGGAAGAGAUGUCUUUGAAUACUCCAUUGAACAUGCAUCGAAUGACAUCAGUAGUGACUAUUGUGAACAAGAACAGAAAAUGUAUCGAGAGCUCUACCAGCGCCACAACAGUCUUCUGGCCACGUUUAUUGGAAAAGAAUUCGAAACGGUCGAAAGAAACGUGUUGAGGGUCAUGCUGUUUGGAGAGAUCGAAUCUGCCAGAAAUUUUGAAUACGAUAAUCUCUAUCUGCAUUUUUUUGUCGACCUACCAAGAGGCUGGAGUGUUCCCCCUUCACAAGAACUCUCCUGGGUCACCCAAACAUGUCAGACCAAAGUCGAAGGCAAGGAGAAUGUUGCCUACUACAGUUUUCCCUUUGACCUAGAAUUAUUCUAUCAACUGGAACAGAUGCAAACAGAUGCUGAUGAAAAGUUGCCCAGUUUACCAAUUCUAUACAUCGAAGUUCUUUCCAUGGAUUCCUGGCACCGCUAUCGUACAGAAGGUUACACACAUUAUGUUAUACCUUCCCAAACAGGUGUCCACAAGGAGACUUUGAACUGCUGGAGACCCACGGGGGUUUCAGUUUUGGCUGAGCUGCGGAGGUUUUUCAUUGGUGGUUCUCCGGAGCUUGAGGACCCGACAUACACAGGUGUUCCUUCAACUUUCCAGGGAAAUCAUUUGAGUAAAUUUGGAUUCCGAACGGAAACGACCGGAACCGUCAACCUCAGACUCAAUGUGAUGAUGCAGUCUAAAGCACUUUCUGAUCAGAAAGCAAGCAGUAAGGCCUCAAGUAACAUCAUGCAAUCACUUGGAUUGAAUACCCUCCAGUCAAAUGUUAUGCAAGUUUUAGUUGCUCUGCGGAACGCCCAAAGACGGAUGCGACUGGCCAAAGAGAAAGCCAUUGUGAUGCGAGACUACCAAUCCGAAAACACCGAAGCCUGAUUCCAGGGGAGACUUCUUGCUUCCGUUCUUUAAUUCUUAAAACCUGAGGCUUUGGAAUUCUCCGCCACUUGCAUGAUGACUCAAAGAGAAAAGAGGAUUUUGGUUCACUAUGAACCACCGGAUAAUCAUGGUGGACACCAGCAGAAUUAUUUGUUUUUAUUGUUGAAUGUAUUGGAGUGGUGUGUGUGUGUGUUUGUAUGUGUGUGUACGUGUAUGAAUAUGUUUGUGUCUAUAUAUGUAUUUGUGUAUGUAUAUGUG